UUCUUGAAAUAUAUAUAACUUCCUAACAUACAUACAUGCGUUGCUUUACAUAAUAUGAAAGUGGCAGAGUUGCAUCCUUUCAUUUUUCACCAUGUGGCCCCCACUGGAAAUAGUUUGGACACCCCUGCUAUAUGAUGUGCUGGCUCAACAGGCUGCAACCUGUCAUGAUCUUUCACCCCCCCCGCGGGCCUUUUCCUCUUCCCGGAGACAAAGUCCACUUCCUGUUUUGAAGAGAACCACGCACUAGAUUGCAAAAUCAUCAAAAAAGAACCCCAUGACAUUGACUCAGUUGGCUGGCAGUGGUGGGUGUCUACAUACUGGCAAAUGUGGCUCCUCCUCCUUAGUCACCACAAGCCCCGCCCCUCACACCGCCCACUCUGUCUUUAAGCGGCUGAGCCGAACGGCGGAAUGUCUGUGAGUCCUCUGCGGUGGUGACAUGGCGUAAGGAGCCGGUGUGUGUGUGCGCAGCAUCCUUUGGCCAUGGACCCCCUGCGACGGCGCAGUGGAGCCAGCGCCGCGUCCUCGACGACGAUGACGAUAACGAGGAUGACGACUUUGGUGGUGAAGAUGUUGCCGAUGCUUUGGGUGCCACAUCGUGCAGCGGCGUCCGGCGAGGCGCAGGACGAGGCUCUGGAGGAGCUGGCCACGGAGAAGGAAGCCGAGGAGAGUCACCGUCAGGACAGCGUCAAUCUGCUGACCUUCAUUCUGCUGCUCACCCUUACCAUCCUCACUAUAUGGCUCUUCAAGCACCGAAGGGUUCGCUUCCUACACGAAACCGGACUGGCGAUGAUUUACGGUCUGCUGGUGGGCGUGGUCCUGCGUUACGGCAUCCCCGCCACCAGCUACCACAGCAGAAGCCCACCCAGCUGCUCCCUGACGACAGGGCCUGGCAGCAGCCUGCUGCUCAACGUCAGCGGCAAGUUCUUUGAGUACACCCUCAAGGGCGAGAUCGACUCUGGCGACAUCAACAACGUGGAGCAGAACGACAUGCUGCGCAAGGUUACCUUUGACCCAGAGGUCUUCUUCAACAUCCUGCUUCCUCCCAUCAUCUUCCAUGCGGGUUACAGCCUGAAGAAGAAACACUUCUUCCGGAAUCUGGGCUCAAUUCUGACGUACGCAUUCCUCGGCACCGCCAUCUCAUGUUUCGUGAUUGGGAAUCUGAUGUACGGCGUGGUCAAACUGAUGCAAGUGGUGGGCCAGCUGAACAACAAGUUCUACUACACGGACUGUCUUUUCUUUGGCGCCAUCAUCUCCGCCACCGACCCAGUCACGGUGUUGGCCAUCUUUAACGAGCUGCACGCCGACGGUGACCUCUACGCGCUGCUGUUUGGAGAGAGCGUCAUGAACGACGCCGUGGCCAUCGUGUUGUCCUCCUCCAUUGUGGCAUACCAGCCCAGAGGUGCUAACACGCACAUGUUUGACGCCUCAGCCUUUUUCAAGUCAGUGGGCGUCUUCCUGGGGAUUUUCAGUGGCUCCUUUAUGAUGGGCGCCGCCACGGGGGUGGUGACCGCUCUCGUCACCAAGUUCACCAAGCUGCACUGCUUCCCCCUGCUGGAGACGGCCCUCUUUUUCCUCAUGUCGUGGAGCACCUUCCUGCUGGCCGAGGCCUGCGGAUUCACUGGUGUGGUGGCCGUGCUCUUCUGCGGCAUCACCCAGGCCCACUACACCUACAACAACCUCUCUGAGGAGUCCACCAAGCGCACCAAGCAGCUGUUCGAGGUCCUUCACUUCCUGGCUGAGAACUUCAUCUUCUCCUACAUGGGCUUGGCUCUCUUCACCUUCCAGAACCACGUCUUCAGCCCAGUCUUCAUCACGGGAGCUUUUAUCGCCAUCUUCAUCGGCCGAGCCUUCAACAUCUACCCGCUCUCCUUCCUGCUCAACCUGGGCCGCAGACACAAGAUCAAGGGGAACUUCCAGCACAUGAUGAUGUUUGCUGGCCUGCGCGGCGCCAUGGCCUUCGCCCUGGCCAUCCGGGACACGGCCACCUACGCCCGCCAGAUGAUCUUCACCACCACGCUGCUCAUCGUCUUCUUCACCGUCUGGGUCUUUGGAGGCGGCACCACCCCCAUGUUGUCUUGGCUGCACAUCAGAGCGAAGGGCAGACGGGAGCGACGGCGCCGACAUGGACAGUGGGAGUACAUCAGGGUGGGAGUGGAGCCCGAUCAGGACCCGCAGCCGUCUGCAGACACCUUCCAGGUCCUUCAAGGGGACGUCUCCCAGGCUGAAGGCCCAAGUAAAACCAAACAGGAGAGUGCUUGGCUCUUCAGGAUGUGGUACACCUUUGAUCACAAUUACCUGAAGCCCAUCUUGACACACAGCGGCCCUCCGCUCACGUCCACGCUGCCUGGCUACUGCGGACCCCUGGCCAGCUGUCUGACCUCCCCCAAGGCCUACCAGAACCACGAGCAGCCGAGAGACCCGGACUGCGACCUGGGCCGCAACGACGGCGACCUGACCUUCACGUUCGGCGAUAACGGCAUCACCACAAACGGGGUGUCCGGCGGUGGAGGGAGCGGGGCGGACGGCGGAGCCAAUGGAAAACGGAGCGUCAGCACGUCGGAGGAGGCGCUGGAGCGUGAGCUGGACUCCCGCGAGCAGGAGCUGCUCACCCGCGGAACACGCUUGGUUUUCCCCAUUGAGGAUCACAUCUAAUAACACAGACAAAGAUGGAGUUCAUACGCCAGGAGUCACCCUCUAUGCUGUCACGCACUCUUUUUAUUUGGAAUUACCUCUGCCAAGGAGCGGGACUUUGUCUGCUUUUUGUGUGGAACUUUUUUUUUGUCAUCAAAGGGGCCAAAUAUGAUGCAACUUCAUCCAAUAAUUCUGCAACUAGGAGAUUAUUAUUCACAUUUAUUACCUCUGCCAAGGAGAUUGACUGUCGAUACAGCACCGGUCAAAAGUUUAAAGACACUUUGUCAUGUUAUUGAAUGGGAAACUGUCUCAGCUGCAAUAGCAGUCACAAGUUUAGAGACACUUUGUCAUGUUAUCGAAUGGGAAAGUGUCUCUAAACCUUUGAUUCUAUGAUCCUAGCUGUUUCAGCUACAAUAGCAGUCACAAGUUUAGAGACACUUUGUCAUGUUAUCAAAUGGGAAAAUGUCUCUAAACUUUUGGUUCUAUGAUCCUAGCUGUUUCAGCUACAACAGCAGUCAAAAGUUUAGAGACAUUUUGUCAUGUUAUCAAAUGAGAAAGUGUCUCUAAACUUUUGAUUCUAUGAUCCUAGCUGUCUCAGCUGCAAUAGCAGUCAAAGGUUUAGAGACACUUUGUCAUGUUAUCAAAUGGGCAAGUGGCUCUACACUUUUGAUUCUAUGAUUCCAUGUGUUUCAGCUACAAUAGCAGUCAAAAGUUUAGAGACACGUUAUGAUGUUAUCGAAUGAGAAAAUGUCUCUAAACUUUUGAUUCUAUGAUCCUAGCUGUCUCAGCUACAAUAGCAGUCAAAAGUUUAGAGACACUUUGUCAUGUUUUUGAAUGGGAAAGUGUCUCUAAACCUUUGAUUCUAUGAUUCUAGCUGUUUCAGCUACAAUAACAGUGAAAGUUUAGAGACACUUUGUCAUGUUAGCAAAUGAGAAAGUGUCUCUAAACUGAUGUUGCAGAUAUUGAAGCAUGCGCAAAGUCAAACCAGGAUUUAUCCAAAUUCAAUCCAGCAAACAGCAAUUGCCAUUUAACAUAGUUUAAAAAAAAUCUUAUUAUCUUCUCCUUAUUACAUUUUGGAUCAAAACGUGUCUGCGUUGAGCUACUGAGAUGCUAAAUGGGAAAAAUUGAGGUGGACGUUUGCACUCUUUUUGAGUGACCUUCUUUGGUGUCCUUCACUCAGACAGAAGGAAAUAUGUAGCAUAAAGAUGUAUAUAUUUAUAUAUACAGUGUACAUACAUAUAUAGUGUAUAUAUAUAUAUAUAUAUAUAUAUAUAUAUAUAUACUGUAUAUGUAUGUAUGUGUAUAUAUAUAUAUAUAUAUAUAUAUAUAUAUAUAUAUAUAUAUAUAUAUAUAUGCAUACAGUAUAUGUGCAGUGUGAGUCACUAUGCAACACUACGUUGCUUAGCAUCGAGCUAACAUCCCUGCUGACACCCUAAAUGUUAAUCAGCGUGUUUUCACAGACGCUGUUCAUUGUGUUGCAAUAAAAGAAGCAGCUUAGCAAGAGGAUGCCGGCAUGUGAGCAGUGCGGGGGUUGUCAAGAAUGUGUUUUUUUUUAUUUUUUUAAAGAAAACUCCAUGGGGUCAAGAGGAGGAGGAGCAGCUUAUGUAAAUUGCAACAAUGGCCUGCUGUGUUUGCUCCCCUUUCAGUGCGUUACGUCUGAUGACUGUUUUACUCCACCCAGCUGUUAGGCUCCUCUCUUACCCCUUUUCCACUGCAGCGGACUUUGGUGCCGGUGCAGAUUUAGUUCAGAGCAGGAGGUGAACCAGCAGGCUGUACACCAGAUUCGUUUUCCAUUGCCCUGGGGAGGCGUGUCAUUACGUCGCAGCGGUUACGCCUCCGAUCAGGAAACAACAAAAGGGAAAUCAGUGCGAGUCACACAAUUGAAAUCAUGUUUGUUUUGGAGCUUUUAUUUUUAAUACUUUGAAAAAUACUUACAGUUAUUGCUUUGUGUAACAUUCAGGAAAGGAUAACUGUUGUGUAAGACUACACUAUCUGUCCUUGCAGUGACCAAACACGGAGAUGAAACACUUCCUGCUCUCCAAAAUAAAAUGCUAUACGUGAUUGUAUGCUAGAAAUAACCAUAAAAAACAUAAUGGAAAUGCAAUAUGAGUGUGGAUUAAAGGAAUUCAACCGAGAUGGCGAUUUGUAUGUUC